AUGGGUAACUCAUUGAAUAACUGCAUGCCAUGUGAUGACGGACAUCGUCCAAGGAAAAUAAAGCAGAAUCCAAACUAUGUUAGUUACACUGAUCUCCCAGAUGUUGUGCGCUACAACGACUAAAAACUACACAAAAAAUUCAAACACGGCUACAUCUCUAAAAAUAUGAAGGCAUCCAUUAAUGAGCAGCUAAGUAUUUCAUACCAGAACUUAGGCGAGAGGAAGUCUAGAGCUAAUUCUAACAAGCUUGAAUUAUAUGAUAGUUUAUCAUCUGAUAAAAGCUGUAAAUGUACCAAAGACGAGUUCCAUAGAAUUAUAUCUUAGGAUGGAGAAUCUGACAAAGAUGGGGAGGACUACGUGGAUGAGAAUGAGAAUGAUCUUAUCUUAGAUAGGGUAUUAAACGAGGAGAGUCUUUUGGAACUGCCUCUUAAAAAGUUAAUUUCAAAUUUUCCUAAACAUACUGAUGGAACAAAUACAGAAUAAUCUAGUUCUCCAAGUUAAUCAAAAACUUUCACUGAUCAUAACCUUUCUAUAACUGAGGAUGAUCUUCCAGAUUUUUGCAAUUAGUGCUUACAUUGCUCUUCGACCAUAUAAAAAGUAAUAGAAUAAACUUAGCAUCAGAAUAAUCAGGAUGAAAUAUUGAUGACUUAAGUUAAUAGACAAAUAUCUUCAUUUUUCCUUAAGAAGGGUUUGCUCUGUGGCUAAGAAACCCUUAGUCCAAACAAAAAAAGUGCUCACCAACACGUUCAUCACACUCACUAGGAACAUGAUACAUUCGAAGGUGAAGAAAUGUACAAGAGAAGAAAAAACUUGCUCCUCAUUAAAUAAAAAGAAAGAAAAAAUGGUAUAUUCUAAGUUAGAGAGUAUAAACUUUCAAGAAGGGAAAUCAUUUACAAAACAAGUGUGAUUAUCUAUAUGUUGACAAGUUAGUUCAUGGAGAAAGUCAUUGAUAAGAGUGAUGUUAAACCUUAACAAUAGAUCUAGGAGGUGAAACAAUCAACUAUGCUGUUCAAUCAAAAAUUAUACACCAGGACUCAAUCCUUAUUUAAUUAGGGCUGUUAAAAGGGCUUUUCAGUUUAAGUUAAUAUGCCUCUUUUCGUUUAUCACAUUGAGAAUAGCAAGGAAAAGAAGCAAGAUCUUGAGUGUACUCCCUGCCAGAAAAGAAUAGAGCAGUUUAUGGUUAAGAUUAUUAAUAAGAUGAAACUGACUAAUGAAGUUUGCCUACUCUCUCUCAUUUUUAUCGAGAGAUUAAUUAAAAAAGGAGGUGUGUAAAUAUUAAGUUUUAAUUGGCAGCCUAUCGUCUAUACAGCUAUACUUCUAGCUGCUAAAUUUUGGGAGGAUUUAGUGUUUUGGAACUUAGAUUUUUGUGAAGCAAUUGAUUUGUACCCACUUAAGGCAGUUAACCAACUUGAAAGUACUUUCCUUGCUCUCUGUAAUUAUGAACUAUAUGUCUCCGAGGAUUUAUACUAAUAAUACUAUAACAAGAUAAUCGAAAAAGCCGAAAAGUUCAAUAUUGUAAGCGACUGCUGUUGA